UCUGCCGGGGCCGGGCCGCGGAUUCCCCCCGGCUGGCGCUCGCCCUCUCGUGUAUGGAGUUCGAGCCCCUGCCCCAGCCUGGUAGAGGCUGUGGAGCUGUGCGAUCCAGAAGCGUGGUUUCCAGUCCUGUGGCCCAUCCCUGGCUGCAGGGAGUGGAGGCUCCCACAAGGUAGCGGUGGCCUGCACCGGCCCCUUCCCCGCAGCGAGCAAUGGGGCAAAAGCUCUCGGGGAGCCUCAAGUCAGUGGAGGUGCGCGAGCCCGCACUGCGGCCGGCCAAGAGGGAGCUGCUCGCGGCGGAGCCGGGGCAGCCGGCGAGGCUGGACCAGCUGCUGGACAUGCCGGCAGUGGGGCUGGCUGUGCAGCUGCGGCAUGCGUGGAAUCCCGAGGACCGCUCGCUCAAUGUCUUCGUCAAGGACGACGACCGGCUCACGUUCCACCGGCAUCCCGUGGCCCAGAGCACGGACGGCAUCCGUGGCAAAGUGGGCCACGCCCGCGGCUUGCACACCUGGCAGAUCCACUGGCCGGCCCGGCAGCGCGGCACCCACGCUGUAGUUGGCGUGGCCACAGCCCGUGCACCCCUGCACUCGGUGGGCUACACAGCACUGGUGGGCAGUGACGCUGAGUCGUGGGGCUGGGACCUGGGCCGCAGCCGCCUCUACCAUGACGGCAAGAACCAGCCUGGAGUGGCUUAUCCCGCCUUCCUGGGGCCCGAUGAGGCCUUCACCCUGCCGGACUCGCUGCUAGUCGUGCUGGACAUGGAUGAGGGCACCCUCAGCUUCGUCGUGGAUGGCCAGUACCUAGGCGUGGCCUUCCGUGGCCUCAAGGGCAAGAAGCUGUACCCAGUGGUGAGUGCCGUGUGGGGCCACUGCGAAGUCACCAUGCGCUACAUCAACGGCCUUGACCCGGAGCCCCUCCCGCUCAUGGACCUGUGCCGAAGAGCCAUCCGCUCCGCCCUGGGCCGCCAGCGCCUGCACGACGUCGGCUCCCUGCCCCUGCCUCAGUCUCUCAAAAACUACCUGCAGUACCAGUGAGGCGGCCGGCCUGUCAGCCCACCUUGGCACGGUGCAUUCAGGCAGGGCCUUCCCCAGCAGCCCGGUGCCCCAGGCCGGUCUGUCUGUCCCCCGGGAGGCCCGGAUGUGUCACCCACUUGGCAAGGCAAUGUCUGCUGCCAGCGCAGUGUCUGCUGCAGUCUGAGCAGCGCUCCCAAAACACCUUCCCGGGAGCCUGGAGAGUCUGGCGCUGGCAGCCCGCACCAGCCCCGUGGAGAUCCUGCUUCCUGCUCGCCGCCGUGGAGAUCACCUUGGUCAACCGAACGAAGGAGACUCGCUAGGGGGCGCCCGUGGCAGACAGGGCAGGAGGGCAUUGCCCUGUGAGCAGCUGGUGCCAGCGCCCCUCCAGGCGCAGCCCGUGGCUGGGCUUCGGGAUCAGCAUGCCAUCUGAGGACUCUGAAAGACUUACCCAGGGAUGCCCUGCGGCAACAUUGGCAAGUGGACACGGCUGUUUAGACACCACCCGGCUUAUGAAUGUUGUGUACUUGUCCACUUCCACACGCCUCCUUCCCCUGCCACUACCCCCUGACCCGCAGCGCUCCGGCCCCGCCCUCUGUUCAGGGAAGAGAAGUCUGGCUAAUGCACCCCAGAAAUAGACCAGAUCCUUUGUUAUUUUCAUCUGCAGGGGAGUUUCCAUUUUAGAAGAGAAGUGAGGUGGAGGGUGGUACUUAGUCCAAAGGUGCUAAUGAGCAGACGUGGGGUCCAGUCGCACCAAAGUUGAGUGAUGUCCUUGGGCUGGGGAUCGAGGGUCGCCAGUAACCUUCCAUUCAGGGUACAGCCUGGCAGUCACAGCUUUAUUUGAGCAGAUUAUUUUUUCAGGUUCAGAAACGUGUACAAGUUUUGUUCCCAUUUCAAAUGUGUGUGUGGUGUAAAGUUUAUUUAUCAGCUCACGGUGGCGACAGCGGUGGCGGCCUGGUAACUGGAAGGCAGGCGUGGGAGGCUCAUUCCCGGCUCGGUUUGACAUCGCGCUGCCCCAAACUAUCCCUAACUGGCAACCGUCCCAAGAGUGGAUGCCAGAGCCCCAGACGGUACUGCCUCCCUGACUUUAAUGUGAAUUUGAUGAAUGAAGAGCGUUUCUAAUAAAGUUUGUUGUUCAAUCCUU